AUGGAGCCAGGGCUGGGUCGCACGCAUACACCGUCUAUAUCUGCCUCAGAAACAGCUUCGCUCCACUAUUCGCACGUCCAGAAGCUCGCCUCCAUACAAGAUGAAAUCCAAAACUUGCGUCGCGGAAUUCCAGCCCUCAUCUCGCCGCUCCUCACACGCCGCAACAAGCCGCAGGAGCACAAGGAUGAAUUCCGGGAGCGUGCACGAAAGCUUCAGGGAGAUGUUGUUUCGCUUGUCAAGAAUCUGGAAGGAAUAUGCCAGACGCUGGAAGAUUCAGAACGUGUGCGCAUCGAUGACUAUGAUGACGAGGGCAAUAUGAAACUGCCUGUGCCGAUGGAUAAGGAACCUUACAUGCGGCCUGGGCCGUCCACGUUGCAGCCUAUUCCACUGGCAAUGCCGCUUGCUCCCAUAGUGAAGCAGGAACAAGGCAACACAGAGGACGCGUUGGCUAUGGACACUGAGACAAUGCCGGCCAUUUCUAAGGAUCAAGAUUUCUUCAACGGACAAGCGCAACCGCGGUUUGACUACAAUCCAAAUGAAGACUCUCUGUUUGAUACAAGCGGUGAUGUAGACUGGACCGCGUUGACAGGUUUUACGCAACCGGAGAAGACACCUUGA